CAGAAAUAAACUUCAUAGUUUUGUCUUAUAUUUUUGAAUUUUUAGUUUGAUUUCAAUUUUUAUGAUGAUGAAUUGAUGGAGGACAAAAAAGCUUAUUCCUUAGCUAUUUCACUUGUGAUAUUAUUGAUCACACUAAUCGUUAUCGCACGUAUAACGUUGAAAUAUUCCGAGGCAUUUUUCCUUAUUUUCGGAGCUGAUAUCGCGUUGAUUAUUGGUGUUUUAGCUGGUGUUUUGAUAAGAAGGAAGUUAAACAACAGGAAGUUAUUGUUAGAAAAUCAGUUAGACUCUGAUGGACGCGAGCUGAGGAUCGAGUAUAGUUUCCUAAGGAAAGUAGCUGGUGUUCCAACAAGAUUUAAGCUUAAAGAGCUCGAAGAAGCAACCGAUAACUUUGGAUCGUUGAUAGGUCGUGGAUCAUCAGCUUGUGUUUUCAAAGGUGUGCUUAGUGAUGGUGCAUCAGUAGCUGUUAAAAGGAUCGAUGGAGAAGAGCGUGGCGAUAAGGAAUUCAAAUCAGAAGUUGCAGCUAUUGCUAGUGUUCAACAUGUGAAUCUUGUACGUUUACUUGGAUAUUGUAGUGUUCCUCCAUCAGGACCUCGAUUUUUAGUUUACGAGUAUAUAGUUAAUGGAUCACUUGAUAAUUGGAUUUUUCGAAAGAGGGGAAUUCGUGGGUGUUUGUCGUUGGAUUUGAGGUGUAGAGUUAGUCUAGAUGUGGCUAAAGCACUUUCGUAUUUGCAUCAUGAUUGUAGAUCGUGUAUUUUACAUCUCGAUGUAAAGCCUGAGAAUAUACUUCUAGACGAGAAUCAUCGUGCUAUUCUAGCUGAUUUCGGGUUGUCUAAGUUGAUGGGGAAAGAUGAGAGUAGAGUUGUUACAACGAUUAGAGGUACUCGAGGGUAUUUAGCCCCCGAGUGGCUCUUGGAGAACGGGAUUUCUGAGAAAAGUGAUGUUUAUAGCUACGGAAUGGUGUUAUUGGAGUUGAUUGGAGGGAGGAGAAACAUUACUUUAGCUGAAAAUGGAAAGAGUACUAAUUCAAAGAGUAAGUUCAGUUACUUCCCUAAAAUUGUGAGUGAGAAAUUGGAGCAGGGGAAGAUCAUGGAAGUCGUGGACGAGAGGCUCGUCCACGAAGCAGCUACAGGAGGUGUAGCUGUUGAAAUGCAAGUGAAAAGAUUGGCGUGUGUGGCGUUGUCUUGCAUCCAAGAACGGCCUAGUCUUAGGCCAACAAUGGCACGAGUCGUGGAAAUGUUAGAAGGUCGUGUGCUAGUAGAAGCGCCUACACAAACGACAAUGAUGAUCCUCGAUCUAUUGGACGAGGGUGUUGAUCAUCAUCCCGGGUUACCUAGGGUUGCUGCCGCCAUGGCAAGAUCUACUGAUACUAAUUCGCUUCGCUCUUAUACAAUGUCUAUCCUCUCAGGGAGGUAGUAUCUAUGUAUAAGGGAUUUCGUUUGCUUUCUGUCAAAUUUUUCGAUAUCAAUAGGUUGAUUGUUUCUCGAUCGAUUACUUGAAUUCAAAUGUAAGAAUUUGCUUUUGUUUACACCAAAAUAUAUAGGUCUAUAUAUCUUUU